AUGCGCCUCGCCCUUGUCGCGGGCCUGCUGUCAAGCAUCCAGGGCGUAACCGCUACUACAUACGAUGAUGGCCAUGGAGUCGUCCCGCGGGCCCUGCCAAAUGCUCCAGAUGGAUAUGCCCCAGCGAACGUCACCUGCCCAGCAGAGCGACCCAGCAUCCGCAGCGCGGCAUCCCUCUCUUCCAACGAGACAUCGUGGCUCGCGCUGCGCCGCAACCACACCACCCAAGGCAUGCGCGACUUCUUCUCGCACGUCAACAUCACCGACUUCGAUGCUCUCAGCUACAUAAACCAUCUCGCCGACACAAAUUCUUCCAACCUGCCCAAUGUCGCUAUUGCAUCGUCCGGGGGUGGCUACCGCGCCAUGUUGACGGGCGGCGGAGCCAUCAAGGCCUUUGAUGCGCGCACGGAGAAUACUACAGCCAGCGGCCAACUCGGCAGCUUGUUGCAGUCGGCAACUUAUGUCGCGGGUUUGAGUGGUGGGAGCUGGUUGCUCGCUUCGAUUUAUGUGAACAACUUUACCACUAUUGGCGCCCUGCAGGCGGAUGGAUCGGGAGAGGCAUGGCAGCUGGAUCAGUCAAUCCUCGAGGGCCCUUCGACAGGCCACUUUCAACUGCUGGACAGCGCUGAAUAUUACCAAACUAUCGCUGACCAGGUCCAUUCCAAGUCCAAUGCAGGAUACAAUAUUACUCUUACAGAUAUCUGGGCGCGAAUGCUGUCCUUCCAGUUCAUCAACGCCACUGAUGGUGGCCCCAGCUACACAUGGUCUUCAAUCGCGCUGGACGAGAAUUUCGCCAGCGGAAGCAUCCCCAUGCCGCUGGUUGUGUCGGACCUCCGAAGCCCCAACGAGACCAUUGUCGGUGCCAACUCCACCGUGAUGGAAUUCAAUCCCUUUGAGUUCGGCUCCUGGGACCCGACUGUCUAUGCAUUUGCGCCAUUGGAAUAUCUGGGCUCGCGAUUCAACAACGGCACUCUCCCCGAGGACGUGAGCUGUGUGCGCGGAUUCGAUAAUGCAGGAUUCGUCUUUGGCACCUCGUCCACUUUGUUCAACGAGUUCAUUCUUUACGCAAAUACCUCCAACCUGCCGAGCGUCAUCGAGGACCUUAUCACAGACCUCCUGGAACACCUCGGCGAGAACGAGGAUGAUAUUGCUGACUACGUCAACCCAUUCUACAACUACACCGACAACUCCGGGUUGGUUGCCCAGGCUGAAAGCCUCACCCUCGUCGACGGUGGCGAGGACGACCAGAACAUCCCCUUCUACCCUCUCAUCCAGCCCGAGCGUCACGUCGACGUGAUUUUCGCCGUGGACGCCUCUGCCGAUACCACUGACAGCUGGCCCAACGGAACCAGUCUUGUGUACACCUACGAACGCAGCCUAAACUCCUCUGGCAUCGGAAACGGCACUUCGUUCCCUGUCGUCCCCGACCAGAACACGUUUGUCAACCUCGGCCUCAACACCCGGCCUACCUUCUUUGGCUGCAACAGCUCUAACCUGACAACUUCGAGCCCGGGACCGCUGGUUGUCUACCUCCCCAACUACCCUUACGUGACAUAUUCCAACAUCUCAACCCUGACGCUGUCCACAAACAACUCCGAGCGCGACGCCAUAAUCAUGAACGCAUACGACAUGGCCACGCAGGCGAACAGCACGCGCGAUCAGGACUGGUCGAUGUGCGUGGGCUGCGCGAUGCUGAGCCGCUCGUUUGAAAGGACCGGAACCACCGUGCCUGACAUCUGCAACACAUGCUUUGACCGGUACUGCUGGAACGGAACCGUUAAUAGCACUGAUCCGGGCGCUUACUAUCCAAGCUUGUAUUCGACCGCAUAUAAGACGAGUGCGACGACGGGAUUUGCGUCGAUGAUGCCGAGUAUACAAGAAGUAACUAGCGGCCGCUCAUGCAACUCAGCGACCUCAAGCCAUAUUCUGGAUUCGACACUCGCCUGCAUAAGCAAGAGCCAAUCCAGCUGGCCUGAGCGUCGACCGGUUUCGAGAGUCAUAAUCCCCGGCGUGUCAGCGACGGAUCUCCCGCAGCAGAGGACUACGCGAGGGAGGCCGCGAGUUGAGCAAAAAGAAGUCAAGAAGACAGAGCCUGCGAAGAGGGGCCGGAAGCAGGGGAAGGUUGCAACGACAGCAAAGACUAAGAACAACGAUGACGGAGAUGUGGAGGAUGACGAGGAUGACCUUAGCCUCGAUGUAGCUGCAACGAGUACGAAGAAGGCGUCUACAACAAAUGCUACGGCAAAAGGAAAAGCGACCAGUCGUGCCCCAAGAAAGACUGCGGCGAAGACAGUCGUGCAAGGGGGCAAUGAAUCAGAGGAAGAUGACGAUGACGAACUCGCCGACUUGGAAGUUCACACAAAGAAGACUGGCCGAACCCCAGCAAAAGCAAAGACUGCCACCAGCGCACCUACCAAACCUACCCGGGGACGGCCAAGGACAGCCAAGGUUAAUGAACAGGAGGAAGUAGGAGCCACAGAAAAAAAGACAACCAGAGGCCGAAAACCAGCUACUUCUAAGAAAGUUGCCGCAGUCGACAAGACCAUAUACGUGACCACAGCUUCUUCUACGGCGUCGAGUCUGGCAAAAACACGGUCAUUGGGGGAUCCCGCAAAGAAGAAAAAAGUCACUUUUGCGGACCUUGCUGAUUCGGAGGAUGGAUAUUCUUCCGCCGAAGAACAGAGGCAGCCGACGCGUGCUGUUAAGAAGCCAACUGCAUCUCAGAAAUCUGCCGGGCUCAAGGCCAACCCAGUUCGUAAGACUGGAAACGCGACUAGAGGUCGUCCGCCAAAAUCACAAGCUCCGAAGCCACUUUCUCCUAAGAAAGCUUCUCAACUGGCCAAAGCAUCGUCAGCGUUAUCUCCAAGUUCCGGUGAUGAGGAUGAGCUUGCGGGUGAGAAGACUGUUUUUUCACUGGCCGUUCAGAAAUCGCCUACUAAAAGCCAGGAACAACAGCACACCGGUCUUAGUUCUCCAGUUAAGAGAAUCAUGUUGCCCGGACAGACUAGUACGCCAGUCAAACCAACAGCAAGUGCUCGUCCAGACGAGAAUUCCCCUCUUUCAAUGCAGAAGACACUUCAGCCACCAUCGGCGCUUAGGGAUGCAGUGCUCAUGGGAAGUCCUGCACGUCGCCCUCCAUCAUCUACAUCCAAGGAAACCAUUAGAGACACACCACGACGUGGUCCUCUAUUCAUUAGCCACCCAUCGGCCUCGAAGUUGUCUAGCAACCCCGACGCAAACACAUUCCUACAGAAGCUUUCUCCGCUCAAAGCAUCCCCCAAGAAGGGCGGUAAUCUGGGAGCAUCAUUCAUGUCCGCUGCUUCCCCUGAGAAGCCACUGGGGUCAACGCCUUUCAACGCCAAGCUGUCUCUUCUUCAGAGUCCGGCUAAGCGGGUUCAAUCGCCGUUUAUCUUUCAAAAGAGGGACAAUAGCAAGUCACACACUGUGCAAGAUCUCGGUAAUGACGUUGACACGGAAAUGGAUGAUGACACUUUUGCAAACAAGUGCAGGUCUCAAGCAACUUAUCCAGUCGGCAACGAGCUUAGUGAGGAUGAGCUUUCUAUAGAUGCGACGCCUGUCAAGGAUGCGAAUAACAGUGAUGAUGUAUUUGUUGACGAUCCUGAACUAAUGGAGAAUGACUAUCAAAUUGAUGAAGAUCAUGAAGACGAGUCAGAUGCCGACGAUCGCUAUGUGCGGGACGAGGCUGAGAUCGUGGGAGAAUUCGCUGAACUUAUGGUUGACAAUGAUGUUGAGUAUGAGCAUGCCAAUGCGGAGGAUUCUGAAAACACGCAGCAACCCUGUGAGAGUACAGACGAAGAUGAAGAUGUGGUCAUGGACAAUGAUGAACCGCUUUCUUUGAAUGAAGAUAACGCUCUAGCCGCCGAUGAUGUUCAUGAGGAGGAAACCUUCAACGUCGAAAACGCUGCUGAAAACGAAGAUAUCCCAAUUGCAGUUUUGGGGUCUAGCGAGAACAACGGAUCACCGAAUAAGGCUGCAGGCACUGUAGCUAGCCAAGAUGUGGAAGAGAAUCCCACGACUGAGCCGGCUGAAGAUGUUGCUGAAGAGCCGACCAAGAUGGUCUCGGAUUCUGGCCAUGUUGUGAUGUAUGCCGAGUCUGAGAACGAAGAGGACGAGGAAGAACAAGAUGAGGAUGUUCCUGAAGUCGAAACACCUCGCUCCAACACGACCCUAACCUCAGCCCAUUCAUCUGUAGACCCGCGAGAUGCAGUUUCCGCCGACGAGAUUGACGACAGUGAUUGCAGAUCUGUCGAGGGAACUCCCCGCCUGGUUCCUCCUGCUGCUCCAACACCGCCCACUAUAUCUCCUGCUCGCGCAUUCAGAAUGUCCUUCCGAGACAACAGCAAUGAAGAUACAUACUCCGAAUACGGCAACAGUCCAGCUAGCAGGCGCCAAUCUACAUUCUCCCAUCGCGACAGCAUUCUUCCGCAGUCCCGGCCCGACUCUGCUGAUGACACUUUCAGCUCGCUGGCUUCCAAGCUGAGUUCGUGGAAGGCGAGCAGUCCUGAAAAGACGCGGAGAGGAACGACUGAGCGCAGUAUCUUCUCGCCUGUUGUUCCGAGCAAGCUAUCAAAUCCGAGGCAGCCAAUAGCCUCAGGCAAUAAAUAUACCCAAAUACAGACGAUGCGUCGCUCAUUAGCUGCCAGACACUCGUCUGCCAAUUCUGUCGUUAUGGACGGCGACGAGCCGGAUACUCUCGGCAGGCAGUCUCAGGAUGAGUCUGGCACCAGCACUCAAUUUAACAAUCUGACUACCACUACUUUGCACACUACUGCAUCAAGCGCAGUCUUGCAAGAAAAGCCAAACCCUCGCUUGUCAAUGUCCAUCACCCCCGUCCGAAUCAACCGAGAUACACACCGUACCGUGCACACGGUCUCAAAAGUGCCACUGAAACCAGAAGCCGAUGAAUCGCCUACCAAGUAUCCUCGCAAACGGGCCAGGUCUAUGUCAAACGAUAUCCAAUUGCCAAUUAGGGCUUCCCCAAGUCGUUUCAAACUGGUCCCUAAAAGUCGCAAGAGUUCUGCAUCUUCUUCUGCCUCGGCUUCUCCCUCCAGCACCAAGCGUAGCCCCUUGGCUGAAGUUGAGACACGGGAGUAUGCAGCCCCCUCACCAACACCGAUUACGCCUUCAAAGUCUGCUACUAGUACCACUGCCACUCCUCGUCGAACUCCGAGAGCGUCUGAGCAGUUCUUGCGCGGGGCUGUUGUGUUUGUGGAUGUGCACACCACCGAAGGCGAAGACGCCAGUGGCAUUUUCAUCGAAUUGCUUACGCAAAUGGGAGCGAAAUGCGUAAAGUCAUGGUCAUGGAAUCCGCGAUCUAGCCAGUCGCCCGGUGCGGAUGGGACCGAGCCGGUGAUGAACACUAGCAAAAUCGGCAUUACGCACGUUGUUUACAAGGAUGGUGGAGUGCGUACAAUGGAGAAGGUCAGACAAGCAGGAGAUUUGGUGAAGUGUGUUGGUGUUGGAUGGGUGCUUGAUUGCGAACGAGCAAAUAAAUGGAUUGACGAGGAACAUUACCAUGUCGACAGCACCAUCAUACCCCGUGGAGGCGCCAAACGACGAAAGAGCAUGCAACCUCGUGCAUUAUCUAAUGUAAACGGCUCUCUGUCUUCUUCAUCAUCGUCAUCAUCGUCAUCCUCCUCCUCUCUAUCUUCCUCGAUCAAUAGCACCAACAACACGUCAACCCGCCGCUCCCGCCUCCCCGCCGAUUGGGAAGAUACAAUGGAAGACCUCCGACGCAUGAGUCCAGGCAACGACGUCCCCAAAACACCAAACACCAGCCGCAAGGCUCGGUCUAACAACAGUAACAACAACAACGACGACUCAGACCCUAACGCAGAAUACAACUUCAACUUCGAUUUCGAUUUCUCAACCAUGUCCCCCGCAACACCGUACUUCUUAUCGCAAAACGCGGGUCUGAUGCAGCAAACUUGCCCGCCCAAGCAGACUAACCAGGGUCUUUUCUCUUCCUAUACCUCGUCUGCCUCUUCCUCGUCAGUAAGAAGAGGGGAAGAACAUGUAUCCUCUGGCGCAGGACUACGCGCCAAACUCGAGGCAGCGAGACGCAAGACAUUAGCGUUCAAGCCUAGAUAUGGAAGUCCGUUAUCUCGAGCAUAA